AAUAAUUACUACAAACAAAUUACAAAAACAAUUAUCAACCUGUAGCAGUAUAAAUAGGAGGCAGCAGUUAAGAAAUACACUAGUUUUCUAAUUAACGCUGUCGCGAAACGAGAAAAUCAAAAUGAAAUACUUUAUUGUGAUCCUUGCGCUAAUUGCGUUGGUACAAGCCGAUGACUGGAGCCCAAAGACUAUUGAUGAAGUUAAAAGUAUUCGCGAGAAUUGUGCCAAGGAUAUACCAGCUAGCGAUGAAGAAUUCCAUAAGCGGAAAGAGAAUGAUUAUCCCGAUGUAGCGUCCGUACGAAAUUAUGUGCUUUGCACUGCCAAAGAAUGGGGUAUCUACGAAGAGGGUAAAGGUUAUAAUGCCGAUCGUAUUGCUCAGCAGUUGAAAGGCGAUUUGUCGGAAGAUGAGAUCAAAGCAAUUGUUCAUGAUUGUGAUGAGAAGACGAAAGAGGACGCCGAUGAUGAGAAAGCCUUCCACAUUUUGAAGUGUCUUUGUACAAGCAAAAUCGGUGAAGCCGUUAAACAGUUUUUGCAUAAAUCAGAGUAAUCGGUGGAUAUCCCUUGUGUACACUAUAGAUUCGCACAAUUAUAAUUGGUUAUAUGGAAUAGAAUAUCAAUAAAACAAGUUUUGUAAACUAACAA